CCUCCCUGAGCAGGGAAUCCAUCCACAAAAUGCGUUCAAUACCAAUUUCCAUCGUGCUCAGUGUCAUCUGGUUCGCACCGCCAUCAUCAACAAACCACGAGUCGGAUGGUCCUAUGGAGUUUUUUUUCCCAUUGUCAGAUGGGUUCCCGGACAUACAGCCGGGGUCCCAGCAAGAGGAGGACGUGUUUCAGCGCGCCCACGGGAACUACCCAAAGCCGAACCUUCCUCCUCUGGCGGAUGAUGACGUCACCUCCCUCCAAUUCCUCGCCUUCAACGAGAUUUUCGAGGUGGCCUACUUCUCGGACUUCCUCGCCAACGUGACCAACAACGUGACCGGAUACGAGAUCGCCGACCAGGAUCUCCGCGACUACGUCAUCACCACCCUGCAGGCCAUCGUCGCCCAGGAGGAAGUCCAUGCGUUGCAGGCCAACGCCGUUUUGAUGAGCAUGGACUUGGAGCCGAUACAGGCGUGUCGCUACGUUUUCCCGGUCAGCAAUAUCAGCGACGCCUUCAAUUUCGCCAGCACGUUCACCGAUGUCGUCAUGGGCACGGUUCAAACCAUCAUGAAGCUGCUCGGGCGGAACAAUGAUACAGACUACAUUCCGUCGGUUACAGCCAGGGUGAGUAACGAGGGCGAACAGAACGGGUUCUUCCGCUAUAUGAACAACAAGAUCCCAUCCUCAAACCCUUUGCUAACCGGCAGUGCGCGGGAAUUCGCCUGGUCCUCUCUGAACCAGAUGGUCGUUGUGAACGGUUCUUGCCCCAACAGCUACCUCAUCGACCUGCAGCUCUACCCGGCCCUCUACGUCGCCAACUCGCCCAGCGCGGACUCCGAUCAGAAUCAAACUAUCGAGCUGAGCACUGAAGCUACCGUCGAUUGCAGCUACGCUGUCGUCUACAUUUCUCAGCAGAACAUGCCGCUCGUUGUGCCCAUUGAGGAUUUACGAGAGGACGAUGGUGUCAGCACCUUCGAGGCUACUUUCCCGGCCAGUUUAUUGCAGUACGGUGGCUACGGUCUCAUCAUUUUUGUUCUGACAAACAGCACGGGGCCGUUUAAGAACGUCGAAGCAGUCGUGCCGAAUACCGUCGCUGGUCCUUAUUUGUUUGACAAGAAGUAAAUUGUUCUUUUUU